UGUCUGUCAAGAUGUUUUUCAUUUUUCUUUUUCCGUCAAAGUGUACCAGCGGUCGGACACGUUGGAAUCAUGCAGAUUUUCGUGAAAACACUCACUGGCAAGACCAUCACACUCGAGGUCGAGCCAUCGGACACGAUCGAGAAUGUGAAAGCCAAGAUUCAGGAUAAGGAAGGAAUACCUCCAGACCAGCAGCGUCUCAUCUUUGCCGGCAAGCAGCUGGAGGAUGGUCGCACUCUGUCGGACUACAACAUUCAGAAGGAAUCUACUCUUCAUCUGGUGUUGCGACUCCGCGGUGGUAUCAUCGAGCCUUCGCUGCGCAUUUUGGCCCAGAAGUAUAACUGUGACAAAAUGAUUUGCCGCAAGUGCUAUGCUCGCCUGCACCCCAGAGCAACUAACUGCCGCAAGAAGAAGUGUGGUCACACCAAUAAUCUGCGCCCGAAGAAGAAGCUGAAGUAAGCUAUGAUGUUCGCGUCGGACUUCACUUGUUUUCCGAA